AUGGAGCACCGGGUUUUGACUUCAGUAAACAUGUCGCUCAAUGAGGUGUGCUGGUCCUUGAGAGAGUUGGCCUUCAAGGUGAUUUUAGACAUCGGCUGUAUGAGGUCUGUGGCUGGAGUUCAUUGGAAGCACAUGGCAUCCUCGGCCACGAGCGACGGUGCCCCAAAAUGCAAGCUGUGCAAGGGUCCUCAUCGCUCUCGCGACUGCCCCAGCAUCGCCGAGAUCUCGGACGAGAGCUUCGACAAGGUGUCGAUGCCGGUGGACCAGGAGGGGAACGCGGAGACGACCAGCAACGAGCUCACGGUGCCGAACGUGGACAUCUUGCCCCCGGCGAUGGAGACCCUGACCCCCGACGAGAUCCAGUUGCUCAACAAGCGCCGGGCACGAGCGGCGACGGCGAAGACCAAGGCCCAAGCUCGACGAGCACUGACGGGGGAGCAGGCAGAUUACCCGUCGUUGAGCCAUGUGUGGGCGAGCGAGGUGGCUUUGAAUGUGGCGUGCUCGGUUCACAGCCGAAUGCGGACGUACCUGUGGAAGAAGUUCUUGUGGCAGUUGAGGGUCAAGGCGGCCAUCGAGAGGGAAACCGGGAAGCGUUGGAAGAAGAACCAGAGGUGGCUGAGUCUGCUGUUCAGCCGCGAGAUAGCGUACUUCUUCGGCCACUUCGGGGCGAUGAGGCAGAAGCUGAACUCGCCCGAGGCUGGGAUUGUUGCGGGCAAGGAGGCGAUCCAGCUGCUCUCCAAUGUCGUGACUGAUUCCGGGCAGUGGAUCCUCCUUGAAGUGUUCUCGGGCACGGCGCGGCUCACACAAUGUGCCAAGGCAAACGGGAAGUGGCAAGUGUUGGCUUCCGUGGAUCGAGCUACCGGCUGGGAUCUGACUCGGCGGGAGGAUGCUCGCAAAUUGCUUGCUUUGGUGGAGCAAGAGCGGCCUGACUUGGUGACGAUGGCGCCGCCAUGUGGCCCCUGGAGCGUUUCUGCUGAGGCCAACCAGGAGCGCGAGGAUAUUUGGGAGUGGCGUCGUCAACAAUUGCCACUUUGGCAGCUGGUGUUGGAUGUUUGGAAGCGGCAAAAUGAGGGUGGCCGCUUGGUGCUGACCGAGCAACCCGUCGGCUCUGAGGCCCUUAAGCUCUCGAUGAUGGAGGCCCGCGACUCUCUGUACCGCGUCUACCUGGACCUAUGUGCCUUUGGUUUGUGCGAACCGCAGCACGGCCAGCCUUUGCAGAAGCGGGUGGCUCUUGAUGUGAACAAUCAGGAGUUUGCCAAGGAGCUCACUAAGGGCUCGUGGUGUGGUCACAAGCCCGGCGAGCACCGGUUGGUGCGAGGGGCCUGCCUCGUGGAUGGAGUGUCGGUGCGGAUGUCGGAGUGGGCCGCUCGUUGGCCACAGGAGUUUUGUGAGCAUGUGUUGCGAGGUGCGGCCGUUGCCUUGACCGCAGGUGGUGGCAACGAUGGAGGCGGUUGGAGCCUUGCUGAGCCAAGUGGGGGUGCCCAGCUGUGGGAAACCACAGUGGUCGCUAAUGCUUCUUUACCUGAGGAGCACCUCCGGAGACACAUGUCCGAAAAUUCCUUGUCUGGAGAAAGGUACGAUUACGUGUCGUUUGAAGGCACCUGCAACCAGCAACCGCGUCGACUACGAGCCAUGGUUGCUCAUUUACAUGUCACGCUCGGCCACCCCAGCAACGAGCGUCUGGCACGUAUGUUGUCGGUCAGUGGAGCUCGAGCAGAAGUCGUACAGCUUGGACGAAAUCUUCGGUGCCAAGUAUGCGCCAUGGUCAGGCCACCGCAGGCAUCCCCGCAAGUGGCUUACACGAAACCUCGUCAAUUCAAUGAAAGAAUUUCGGGGGAUUCGUUUUUCAUCUGGGAUAGUGAAGAAGUGAAAUACGCUGUCACUCACUUCAUUGAUGGCCUUACGGACUACCACGUGGGCGACCUGACCGACCGCCCCGACAGCGCCUUCUCUCGCGAGAUUCUGCAAGACUUGUGGCUGGGACCGUUUGGGCCACCGGAUCUGCUUAUCACGGAUGGAGGCCCGGAGUUCGCUGGGCAGAUCCAGAUCCUCACCGACCUCUUCGGCAUGGUUCAUGAGAUUGUGCCCGAGGGUGCCAAGUGGCGGAUGGGACAGGCCGAAAGGCACGGGGCGAUUGUGAAGUUGAUGAUGAUGAGAAAUGUGAAAGCCCUUGGUUUGGCUGGGUUGAAGCAAAUGCGACUCGGAGCUCUGUGUGCUUUCUCGGCAAAGAAUCGCCUGAGCAACAAAGGCGGGGUGAGUCCGAUGCAGGCGGUGACUGGCCGGGCCACGGUGAUUCCUGGCUCCUUGCUCGCGCAAAUUUCAGGCGGACAUCUUCGCUUCAAGUAUAACCAGGCCCUGGACACCAGUGAGGCGAUCGCCAUGGCAGAGCGCAUCCGCCACGGGGCCAUCGAGUCGUUCCAUUGGCUGGACUCCCACGAAGCUUUGCGGCGGGCUUUGGCCUCCCGGUCAAGGCCUCCGGCCUUGGAAGGUUUGCGAGAAGGGGCGGUGGUCUAUGUGUUCGACCCCCCGGUGUGUCGACGAGGGCAAGCCCGGCGACUGCAGGAUGCGUCUUCAUGGCAAGGCCCUGGAGUGAUCGUCUGUGUGGAAAGGGAUAAGCCAGUUCCAGCCCGGAUCUGGGUGAGGAUUCGAGGAAGAGUCAAGGCUUUUCCUCUCGAGAAACUUCGUUUGGCCACCCCGGACGAGACGAUGGGCGCGGAGUAUAUCACGGGCGCCCUGCAGGACGUGGAGGCCGAGCUCAAGAAUGGCACGAUCACGGUCGAGGGCAACGCGAUGGACAACGAAGCUGUCGCCGAAGGUGGCGAGGAGUCUAUGGAUGUGACCGAGGCUCCCAAGAAGCGGAAGAAGCCUCGGGAGCCGAGUUCCUCUGACUCGUCGUCGAGCUCUUCUGAGCCUGAAGCUGACCCUCAAGCUGAGGAGAAGGCCAAGCUGCUUGAUGGUAUCCCCUUUUGCAUCCGGGAGAACUUGAAGCAGAAGGCCGAAGCCUCCCUUGCGGCUGAGGACCCGCAUGCAUGGGACAUGGCGAAGAAGCGGAAGCUGUUUGAGAAGUUGGCGAAGCAGCUAGAGCCCCCCUCGACCCUCGAAGAGGCGGGCAUCCGUGAUCACCUGAACGACGUCUAUAGCAAGUUCAAGGCGGUGCGGAAGGCGAUCGUGACCAAGCCUAAAGGUGGCAGUGGGCGUGCCCGAAGUUCAGUGCGAGGGCGCAACGUGGAUGCCAUGGAUGUUGGCACGCCAAAGGGUGCGCACGUCGUUCAGGAGGUGGAGGUCCCGGCGGAGUUCUUCAAGCCUGGCGAGUACGAGGCCAUGUUGAAUGACACCAUCGGGCAUUGGACGUUGUGGUCAAGUCCCUGUGUCCAUGCUGGAGAGUCGACCAUCGUGGAGGUCGCCGCGACUCUGCAUGAGGUCGACAAGGAGGGUGUGACCGAAGUCGUCACUGGAAAGGCCCGCGUGGAGUACAAGUGGUCUGGUUUGGACCCGGAAUGGCAGCAGGCGUACGUGGAGCCGUUGAAGAAGGCCUUGAAGGUCUACCUGGACCAUGGGGGGAUCAAGGGUGUGCCAAAAGGUACCAUGGUCGAGCCGAGCAGGGUGCUGAGCUCGCGCUUCGUCUUGACAAACAAGGGCGGCACACUCCUUCAGGAUGCGGUGCUGAAGGCGCGUUGGAUCAUCGGAGGCCACCGAGACCCAGAUGCGGGUUUGUAUGAUACGAGUUCGCCAACGGCAUCCACUUUGGGUCACGGGCUUUUGAACUUUGUGGCGGUUCAGAACAAAUGGCUGAUCCACUAUGAGGUGGUGGAGUUCCUAGUCGGCGAGUUGGGCGGCAACGUGCGCGACGACAUCGUGGAGAUCACCAAGGGUGGUUUCGGGUUACCGGAGAGCCCACGGUUGUGGUACUUGGCCUACAAGGAGGUGCUGCAAGAAUUGGGGCUGCAUGAGCUUCGGUUGGCCCCAGGUGUUUUCCGGGCAUUCAACGAGGCUGGACGGGUGAGGGCAAUGGCGAGUAUACAUGUUGAUGAUACUCGCUACGCCGGUGAUGAAACCAGCGAGGUUUUGUGGAAGCAGCUGCACGAGCGCCUUCAGUUUGGACAAGUUCGGAAAGCCACGGAGGGAUGGCAGAAGUUCUGUGGGCGAUGGGAACGUCAAGACCCCAUCACUCUGGAGUUGGAGGUGAGCAUGGAAGGGUACAUUGAGAAUAUACCCUUAGUAAAGCCGAGGGCGGUGGCGACAUCCUCUACAACCUCGAGUUCCACUUGCACUACGACGACUCCGGGGUCCAACCAUAGUAAUGUUCAGGCGACCUCCUCUACAUCGAGUUCCAGUUGCACUACGACGACUCCGGGGUCCUCCAGUUUAGAUGUGUCAGGUCGAAACGUCGAUCCUCUGGUUCACCUUCACGAUGUGGUCCAGGGUGAUCCCAAGGAGCCAGCAUUGACCGACCAAGAGAAGAAGGUCAUCAGCUCGGUGGUGGGUCAGCUGAAUUGGGCUGCCAGACAGGGUCGUUUUGAUUUAUGUUUCGGGACGUCGUUGGUGCAACAGUUGGCUGGUCAAGGACGUGGGGAAGCUAUGAAGUGGGUGAACACGGUUAUCCGCAGAGCCAAGGAGCCUGUCAUUUUGAGAAUGCGGCAGCUGGGUUGCAGCCUCGAGGAGGUCGUGAUCUUGUCAGUGAGCGAUGCAGCCUAUGGUGCCAUGCCAAAUGGUGGCAGUCAAGGGGGCACGCUGGUGAUGUUCGCCAACCCAGAUGUUUUGGAAGGGGAGGCUCCGGUUUGCAUCAUGGAAGCCAGCAGCUCGAAGGUGCAACGGGUUGUUAGAUGCUCGAUGUCUGCAGAAGUGUCAGCACUGGCUACAGCUUUCGAGCAUGGCGACUAUGUCCGGGCCCUCUUCGUCGAGCUCAUAAAGCCUUCGUUCGACUUGAGGCGGUGGAAAAUCUGCGUUGCAGCUUGGAAGCACGUCUUAGUGACAGACGCGCGGACGGGGUAUGACUCCAUCAACUCGGAGACCCUUCCGACGGACCGCAAGAUAGCCAUAGACGUGGCUGUUUUACGACAAGGGCUAGUCGAUGACAGUGCUGGCUGUCAAGUACGUUGGGUCCCUGGGAGCACUAUGCCAUGCGACGGACUCACUAAGUGGCACGACAAUGGCGCUCUUGUCAAGGUGAUGUCCGAGGGCAGCUGGUCUCUGAAAGACACUGAAGAGGCUCAACAGUUGAGGCGCCAUGCAGCUGCUAAGCGUGCUGCGUGGCGCAAAGCUCAGAAGGGUGCACAGCUCGUCACGGCGCUUUAA